UCCGCCCCCUCCCGCCCCCCGGCCGGCCCCACCCCGCCCCGCCCCGCCGCCUACUCCCCGGAGAGGCGCCCCGGGCCUGGCAGAACGCGGCUGCCGCAGGCGGGAGCGAAGGCGCAGAGGCACCGCAGCGCUGGCGACUGCUUUUGCAGGUACGAUGGCUCGUGUCUUUGUCUAUGGCACGCUUAAGAAGGGCCAGCCCAACUACAAGCACAUGAUCAACACAGCCAAGGGGCUAGCGAAAUUCCAAGGACGGGGCCGCACAGUGGAGAAGUACCCGCUGGUGAUUGCAGGCAAAUACAACAUUCCUUACAUGCUGAACAUCCCGGGAACAGGACACCACAUCACUGGGGAGAUUUACUCGGUUGACGACCAGAUGCUGCAGUUCCUGGAUGAGUUUGAAGGCUGUCCAGACAUGUACCAGCGUACCCUGAUGAGAAUCGAGGUGGUGGAGUGGGAAGGGAAGGGUGGUGUGGGCGAGGCACGGGCAGCUGCUGAGGGCAUUAUAGAGUGCUUUGUGUACAGCACAACGACAUAUCCGCCCGAGUGGGUCGGCCUCCCCUACCAUGACAGUUACGACUCUUCAGGGAAACACGGCCUCUCCUACGUCCUACGUGAAAGCCGGGAUUAAACACAGGAGGUGAUGCAGCCCGCCUGAAGACAUAGUACUAAGCACGUGUUGAUCAGUAACCUUUCCAGGAAAGCUGUAAUACCUUGUCAUUAAAAUGCAGGAUCUCUUGUAACCUUCCCAACCCAGGAGCCUUGGCGCUAGAUUUGAAGUCUUGUAGACCCACAGAUGGAGACUCCUACCUGGCUAAGCCCGUGUCCUCUUCACCACCGCUAACCUGCGAGUAACUGGGUUUGCAUGAGGUGUAAAAUAACUAUCUGUGCACAUCGGUUUUGUGGUCUAACUGUAAAUUCUUAAUUCCCUCCCCUUUUGCCUCAGUGCUUUGACAAAUGUUCUUGGGUAGUUCUCCAAGGUGGGUGGAAUAACAAUGAUACGAUUGCACUAACAGCUGAAACUGAUUUUAAAAAGUCAUGUCUGCAAGCAAACUAAAGCACAACUCAUGUUUAAUGUUGACUUGUAAUGGUGUUUAGUAGGUUACUGAAUGUAAACCAGGAGAGAUGACAAUAUAGGUACUAUGCACUUCAAGACAAAUACGAAAUGGCUGGAGAAAUAGAGAACAUUUAAAGACUAUU